UUGAAAGAAAAAAGUCUCUUGCCUAUGCAGUAUCUUUUUUUUUCUAAAAUAAAAGUAGCUUUUAAAGUAAAUAUUUUCUUGCUUAUUGUCUCAUUAUUCAGUCAAGAAGAGAACACAACAUGCUAAAUAUAUAUACAUUUAUAUCAAGUCCUUUGGCUUACUUGGUUGUCAAAAUGGAAUGGAUCCUAGCACUCAAAAAAAAAAAGUUUAAUUUCAAGUGAUCCAAUCAAAUCAGCUUCGAUUCUUGAAAUCACCAUGGUAACGGUGCCUGAAUCCAAGCCAACACCCUCUCCUUUUUUCUUCUUUUUUCUUUUCUCCUUAUUAGUGAAAGAAAAAGAUUCAACACCUUUUUCUUUAUAUAUUCUUACGCGCACAAUGAACUUGCUGUCGCUUUUACUUGGUCAUUAUGAUAAAGAUAAAGCUUUUUAUCUCUAUCGACUCGAAACAAGCCCUACUUUAUUUUUCAAGUUUGCCGAUAUUGCUUCUCUGUUUAACUUGCCUAUCGAUCUUGUACACAUCAUACCUCAUCAUGUCGACAAGCAUAAUCCUCAUCACACUUAUGUGACAACAACUGAUUUGGCUCCUUUGGCCAUCAGACACAACAAGUUCCUUUUAGCAGAACUGUGUAAACUGAAACCUAAUGAUUAUGUGGCUCGUCUGGAUGAGUCCAUAUUGUCUAAUUUACCUCGCUUUGUGUAUCAUCCAUCCAAAAAAGACGAGUCUCAAUACAAACCCACUCCUAUCAAACUGGUAGAGGCUCUCAAAGUAAAAUCAGAACCCAUAUCUCCACCUUCUUUAUCCCUUCAUAAACAUCAGCAUUCGGAUCCAAUGGCUUUGGAUACUAUGUUGAUAGGCGCUGGUAGCCAACAACAGACAAGAAGAGCAAGCAGAGUAUUUGAUGAACCCAAUAAGAAACAAAAACGAGACGAGCCUACCCUUCUUCCCAAACCUAUUCAUACUGUCAGUUCUCAACAACCUCAAGCAUCCAGUUUGCUUUCAAAACGACUCAACAGUAGUAAAAAUGCACGAAAUUUGACCAUUUAUGCUCCUUCUUAUGGCGAACAAGCCAAUGGCAUCCAAUCUGCUCCUUUACAUUCCAAUUUUCGACAACAAAUCACAAAACCUACUCAACCUCACCCAUUAUCACAAGCCACCAUGAUAUCGCCUGCCACAAGCAGCGCAACACACUCAGAGUUUGCUAUACCACCUAUCGUACCUUCUCAACAACAACAACCACCACAUACAGCCCAUCCCAGUAGUCGACAUCAUUUUCCACCCCCUCAUUCACCUCAGUAUGCUGCUUUUAGUCAUCUCUCUGGUCGUACAGCCGAACCCAAGACACCUACCCAUGGGUCUUUACAACGACAACAGUUUAUGCAGCCCUUUGAACAUUUGUUUGAUACGAUUGAGACAACGCGUACAUUGAAGUCAACAUUGGAUGAUCAAAUUCGUCGGUCUUCUGCACUGAUACAGACAUUGCAGGCAUCUUCUACUACGGUUGAGGGAUUGAUUCGAAAUCAAAUGAAAGAAUUACAAAAGGAAGUCAUGCAUCGUAUGGAAGAUCGACUUGAAGACAUGUACAGUCGUGUCUCUAGUCUAGAAAAGAGAAUGGUAGGCACAACAGAAGAACAAGAGGACAACAGAAGGUCUCAAUCCACUACACCUUCAAGGCGUCUACAAGAAUCCCUUAUCAGCCCACCUACGAUUGUAAGAUCUCAACAUGAUAUUGGUCCUCAAGAAUACCAUCAUAUGCUAGAUGCUUUACGUGAACGUCUUGAUAGACUCGAAAGACAAAUGGAAUCUUGAGAUACACAAUUUUAUUUUUGAAAUAAAAGG